GAGCGGAGAUGUAAGGCGACAGGAGAUUGGCAGAGGCGCGGCCGCAUGUGUUGGGCUCCCCCGUCUUUGUAUACAAGGCUCGCUCGAGGAGCCCUUUAACAAUGGACGGAGGCAGCGCUCGCUGCUGCUCAGCCGGAUGGUGAUGCCAGAGCCGAGCGACUCCCAUGGGAUGGUGCUGCUCCUGCUUUCUGUCGCCGCCGAGGACCCGAAGACCCUCCCGCCUUGGACUGCGAUGGCCGUAGCGGAGAUGCCCCCUUUAGAUCUGCGAGUCCGAGAACCGUAAACUCGAGAAGGGGAGCAGCAAACUCCGGGUUUCGGUGCCGCCAGCGCCUCAGCCCGUCCCAUGGAGUUAGAGGGGCAGUGGUGGAAAGGACAGCUGGCUGCCGACAUCCACCAAGCGCUUCGUUACAAGGAACUGAAGCUACCAUCCUAUAAAAGCCAGUCUCCCCAGUUAAAUUUGAGAAGAUACUUUGCAGAUUUAAUUGCCAUCGUGAGCAAUCGCUUCAGACUCUGCCCUGCUGCCCGACAUCUUGCUGUUUACCUACUGGACCUUUUUAUGGAUCGUUAUGACAUAUCUAUUCAACAGCUACAUGUGGUUGCUCUUUCCUGCUUGCUUUUAGCAAGUAAAUUUGAAGAGAAAGAAGACAGUGUGCCUAAACUUGAACAACUAAACAGUCUGGGUUGUAUGACUAACAUGAACUUGGUCCUGACUAAACAAAACUUACUGCACAUGGAACUGCUGUUGUUAGAAACCUUUCAGUGGAAUCUGUGCCUCCCAACAGCUGCUCACUUCAUUGACUAUUACCUCUCCAUUGCUGUUCAUGAAUCGGAUCUCCAUGAUGGAUGGCCAAUGGUUUGCUUAGAAAAGACAAAGCUGUAUAUGGCAAAAUAUGCUGACUACUUUUUGGAAGUUUCCCUUCAAGAUCAUGCAUUUUUAAAUUAUGCCCCUUCGUUAGUGGCCGCUGCCUGUGUGGCUUCUUCACGGAUUAUCUUGCGCCUUUCGCCAACAUGGCCAGCCCGACUGCAUCGCCUUACUGCAUACUCCUGGGACUUCCUGGUUCCAUGUAUUGAACGACUUUUGGUUGCCCAUGAUAAUGAUGUAAAAGAAGCCAACAAGCAAAAAGGACAACAUACAUCUCAAGCUGCUCAGCACAGUUUAUUUCAAACGGCCACUCCAUCUCCACAGCAGCACAUCCCUCAAUAUGUUCAAGCACAUCAAACUCCUCUCCAGCUUCCUGAAACAGCAGCACAACAAAACUGUCAGCCGAUCGUGCCAUCCAGUCACACACCUUAUUCGCUGCAUGCUUGCCCAGCUGGUUUACAAGGCAAUAUUCAGGCUCGAGGCCAUAUGCAGACUGCUGCUGGAUUAUCACUAGCUGUACCCAUAGAAAUGAAGCCAUGUUUAAGUGUUUCCUAUAAUCGAAGCUACCAGAUUGCUGGACGUUACCCUUGUAUUACACCCUGCUUUGAGAGGUGAUAACUAGAGCAAUAGCUCUAUAUGCUGUCAGUGUCAAGAUAACAAGGAGGGCAUUAAUCAUUGGUCCUCUUCAUAGGAGGGCUAAAUUCUACUUGUCCUCCAGAUGGUAACUUGGUGACAGAAAGUGCAGGCCAUGAGAAUUUAUUGUGUGUGUUUUUUGGGGAAAAUAAUUGUGACUCUCAGAUGGUUUGUGUGUUCAUCUUAAACAUGCUUUUAAAACUCAUGUUGAGUGACAACUGCACAAACUUCAUAUCUGUCUUUUCAUGAAAAGGAAAGAUUUCAUGUUGUUUUGGAGAGACCACUGCUUCACAGCUUCAUGCAAGAUCGUUAAAGCAUUAAAGCCCACCAAGUGCCGUGGUUUCUGAAAAGAUGAAGCGGGAGAAAAGAUUCCCUUCAUUUAAUCAGCAGCUCAAUUGUAAUUCAUUCCUAUGGAUAAGGUUUUGUGUUAUGGCCUUGGGUUGACUUUUUUGUAUGUCUUCUACUCAAAGUAUUUUUGUCUUCAUUGAAAUUAUGUAGAGGUAAAUUGUCACACUAACUCAGGGAAUAAUCUAACUAUUGUGAUACUGGUUUAUACUGUUUCAAGUAGUUAUCUGAAGUUGUCUUGCUUAGGAUAAUGCAAUAGUAAAUACUGAAGGGAGCGCAGAUACUCAUUUACACUACUCCCUUCAUCAAAAGGGUGCUUUCUUAUGUGACAGUGAAAAGUGUGCUCUUUAAAUGAAGCCAGUAUUGCACCAUACCUGUUGGAGUACUAUUUUUUCCUAGUUGCUGUAACCAACUAUUUGUGCCCACAAAGUUUAAAUUUGAUUAUUCCCAAUGCUUGGGGUGGGGAAAUACAAAUCAACUGCUUACAAAAACUACAGCCUACUAUUUGUGGGAAUAUUUGCAGACUCCAACAAGGUAGCUACAUUUCCUAUCCUAUCAUAAAUAGUAAUUAAAGAUCACUUCUGUGGUGUGAAUUAGGGUGCUAAUUGUAUAACUAUCAGAAGUGUGAUAGUUCUAGCCGUUUUAAAUUUCUCUGCCCAGCUAAAGCAGAAGCAGAAUUAUUUCAGUGAAUAGGUAAAAGGAUAUUAUUAUGGGAACUUUGUCUUGCCUUUCCUAAUUAAGUUGGUAGCUGUUUAAUUGGAUCUAGGUAUGAAAAGGAAUCAAUGGAAGCUGAGAGUAUAGGGUAGUAUUUGCAACCUUUCAAAAUGAUUUGGGUAGUGGGUAAGGGGUAUGGGUGAGAAAUGUGAAAAUAAUAGUGGCACAAACUUUUCCCAGGGAAGAAAGGACCACCAUAAGAUGCUUGAUAUUUUGAGGAAAAUUACUUUGCUUGAGCUAAAUGAUUAAUAUAGAGCCAAAUGGGCUGCAAGAAAGUCUUUAAUUUAGAGGAGAAUCAAUCCUCUAUUGUGGUGAUUAUUUUAUGCAGUAAUAUAUUUCAGGGUGUCUCUGACAAAAAUAGGGAUUUCUGAAUGAAGGAAGUAAAAUAUUUGGUGAACAUCUUUUAUCUAGGGAUUUCCUUAUUGUUCUUUCCUUCUCCUAUUUUAGUGUCAGUUUGUUUUCCUUGAAAGGAUAAAAAAGGGUUAGUCAAGAGAAGUUGGAGGAUCAUGCUAUACGGUGUAAAUUUCCGAUAGUUUCAUUUUAUAUGGAAUGAAGGACUGUGGAAUGCAGCUGAAAGGGAAAGAUACACAUCUCACCUUGCAUUAUUAUGUGUAAAACUUCACUGUUUGUCUACCUCAAUAAUACUUUGAAUGUACAGUAUUGUGGUGAUCCUUGACUUGAAAUAACAGCAGGUUGCUUCUGAAAUCCUUGUGUUGGCUUCAGUUUCAUCCUCCAUGUGCAAGACAGGGCAGAGUAGAGUUACUAAUAAAUCAGUGUAAUCCAUGCUGUAGACCUUUACAUGCAAACAUUAGCUAAUAACACUGGAAUUUAUAGAAGGGGUAAUUUGUCUCAUUAACACAGCAAAAGCCUACAUAGGGUGUCUUAUUUGUAUUUAAGUCAUUAUACUUCUUUGUUAGAAGGAUACACUACAUGUUAUUGGGUUUGUGGCUUUGUUUUUAAUUUAUUUAUUAUUUAGCUUUUUGAGUUUGACAUUAUAGGAUUAUCUUGACAAUAGAAUAUGCACUGUGAAACAUUUCCGGUUGUUUUUUUUUUAAUGCUCUGGGUCAGUCUCCACUGAAUCAACACACUAUUUGAAGUUCCUACUGCAGGAAUUAAAAUGUGUGUGCCUUGGUCUUGAGAGAAAUAUCCACAACAGAAAUUCAGAUGAGUGCCAUGCACUCUUUUUAAAAUAAAACUAGUUUUGAGUAAA